GUCUUAAUGGAGCAGCAGGCAUGUUGUGUUGUGCUGCUGCCUGCCUCCGAGUCACAGUACAGUGGUACCUCUGGUUACGAACUUAGUUUGUUCCGGAGGUCCGUUCUCAACCUGAAACUGUUCGUAACCUGAGGUACCACUUUAGCUAAUGGGGCCUCCCGCUGCCACCACACAAUUUCUGUUCUCAUCCUGAGGUAAAGUUCUUAACCCGAGGUACUACUUCUGGGUUAGUGGAGUCUGUAACCUGAAGUGUUUGUAACCCGAGGUACCACUGUAUCAGUCAGUCUCUAAAUGUUAGUUAGUCUGUAACAGUUUAAUCUACGUAAGAUGUUUUAGCAACUGAAAGAAACAUCCACCUGCAGUGUGUGUGUGUGUGUGUGUGUGUGUGUGUGUGUGUGUGUGCAUAAUCUGCAACUGCAAGUACACUAAGUUAUAUAUUCUUUAAAGGAAGAAGAAGAAGAAGAAGAGUUUGGAUUUGAUAUCCCGCCUUUCACUCCCUUUAACGAGUCUCAAAGUGGCUAACAUUCUCCUUUCCCUUCCUCCCCCACAACAAACACUCUAUGAGGUGAGUGGGGCUGAGAGACUUCAGAGAAGUGUGACUGGCCCAAAGUCACCCAGCAGCUGCAUGUGGAGGAGCGGAGACGCGAACCCCGGUUCACCAGAUUACAAGCCUACCGCUCUUAACCACUACACCACACUGGAGAGUGUCUUGUGUAGUUUUUAUAGGAGGGAAAAGAGAACUAAAGGGUCAAACGACCCAGGGCUAUCUUUCUCAUUCUUUACAAAUGGGAGCUACAGUCUAAUUCCCACAGUUUGGGUGCAGGGCUGGCCCGGCCCAGGAUCCACUGCUUCUUGAGCUGGCCUUGUUGCCAUCAACUGAUGGCAACAGACCUGAUCUGGAUCUCUUUGCUAUCAUGCUAGCAAAUAACACCCCCCACGCCCCUACCUUCUGCCCUGGCUGUUGCAAGUGAUAGGGCUAUGGGGAGGGGAGUGACUGCACUACUCUAUUAAGCCCUGUCAUUGUUGGCCAGGAGUUUGGCUCUCCCCUUAGACAAUUAACAAUGUCUAAGACCAGUGCUUUUUUCUUAAAAAAAUGUUUAGGGGUACUCUCAUUUUCCUCAUAUUGAAACACUGCCCCUCAAUGAGGCCAAACUUAGAUUCACAAAAUGUUUAGGGAUAUGCCCCCCCCCCCGAAAAAAGCACUGUCUAAGACUAAUGCAUGUUGGUCUUAUGCAUGUUUGCUCAGAGAUAACAUCUGCUGGGUUCAGUGAUGUCUAUUGCCCAAAUAACUGUGCCCAGGAUUCCAGCCUUACCUUUUAAUGCAUUGGUUUCCACCCCUUGCGUUCGCUUAUAGCUUCCACCUUUGCAUUUUUCUAUGUACCCGAAAAAAUACCUAACAGAAUAUUACAACUGCAGCUGCAGUUAGUUACCAGCCUACAGUAGGUGUGCUUCUCCUUCUGUCAAUAUCGCCUCCUAGAACGUAUUGAAGAUUAUUUGAAAACAAACAGGGAGUAGGAGAAACUUUUGAGAGUACUGUACAAUAUGUGCAAAAGGAUUGUGGACUUCAGUGUGAAGCGCAUGCAAUUUUGAUAUAAGCUCCCUUGAAAUCAACAGGACUUACUUCUGAGUAAACAUUCACAGAACCAGACUGCAUGGGUAAUAAAGAGAAGGUAGGUAGCUUGACCUUUCAUUUUUGAGAGUUAUAACAGGAAUCUGGAGAAAUAGCAGAGGAAAAAGGUUUCUGCUGCUGAAUUCUGGCAGAGUUCAGUUCGACAUUUAUAAUUGCAUUAGAGUAGAAUAGUGCUACUAAAUACCUAGCAGACGUGCAAAAUCUGCAAUUUCAGUCAAUUCUACGGUGUGGUCAUUCAUUCAGUGCUUUGCAACAUUUCUGUAUAAUUGCGAUAGCUUUCCCCUUGCAAUAUGUCACAACCUCCUGAAAUCUUUCUGAAUGUCAUGAUAAUAUUUCUGUCAAGACUAUUUCUUCUUUGGCUUGCUUAUAUAAUUCACGCAUGAGCUUGUCUGCUGUACUCAGGAGGAAAGUACAUGUGUGUGAGAGCAAUGUCACUCACACCACUUUGGACCACAAACCCCCAAUGGAGUAUAACUGGGAGCAAGACAUACAUGUGUGAGAAUUAGUAUGGUGCUGAAACGGGUGGAAUGUGAAUUUUGUGGACACUUUCUUUGUUGUGAGUUAUGCCCCUUAUUUUGCCAGAUUGUAAGGGGGUGCAUGAAAAGGAGUUAAAAUGCUCACUCCUGUGGCCCUGUGCUAGUUCCACCCCAAUGUGAAUGCUCUUUCUGUAGCCGUAUGCUCAGGGCUGUCUUAAGCAUAUGUGGCGCUGGGGUGCAAAGAUCUGCCCCCCUGGUUGCCCAGUCCCAGGCACGCAGGAGGAUGGAGCUGGCCAUCUGCCUCAGUGUCUUGCUGGCUCAGUCACCACCAAACUCACGGUGCAGAGCCGCCCGCAGUAGAAGAGCCCGCUGCGGCGCUCCAACCAACGGGUGGGCUCUUCCCCGGACCCAACUCUUGGCCUGGCACCCCUGAGAGCCCGGCGCCUGGGUGCCCAGCACCCCUAGCGCCUAUGGGUAAGACGGCCCAGCGUAUGCUCUUCCUUCAGUACCUUCCUCCCUGGUACCUUUUUCAUCUGUUUCCAGCUUUGAUGGGUACUAUUGUGGUACAUAAAGAAGAAGAAAAGAUGGCCCAUGUGGUGUAGUGGCUAGAGUGUUGGACUAGGACCUGGGAGAUCGAAUCCCACUCAGCCAUUAAGCUCAGUGGGCAACAUACAUACAUACUUUUAUUUGUAUGCCACCUUUCCACAAUUCAAGCCAUGCUCAAAGUGGUUUACAACAUGAAUAAACACCUAACUCUAAAAUAACACAAGUAGUCAUAAACAAAUAAAACAUUAAAAAUGCACAACCCAACUGAAUAGUUUCCACAUAAAUGGCAACAAGAUCUAAAAUAAAGAUACGAAAAAACAACAGCAACAAGCUCCCUCCGAACAAAAAACCCCCAAGAGUUUGUUCAACAGCCCCAGCUUUUGUAGCUGGAGUCAAUUAGGGUCCACCCUGCUAGGCUAGGUGGAAAAGACCUGCUAGGCAGGGAGCUGGUCUUCCAGGACUCACAGCCAAGAUGAUCUCUGGCCUCUUCAGUACCUCAGCCUUUGCAGCUAGAGUCAAUCAGGGCUCUGUCCUCUCAGACCAGGGUCCGUUUCUCAGUCUAACUUACUUCACAGAGUUGUUGUGAGGAAGAAUUGUGGAGGGGAAGAGCCAUGUACGCCACUUCAAGCUCCUUGGAAGAAAGGUGGGAUAUAAUAUCAAUCUUAAUAAUCUUAAUAAUAAUAUUUAUUUACUUAUUUAUUUGUUGUUAGAAACAUUGAGGUUAGCCAAUCAACAUUGGCUAUGUGAUAUUAUGACUGAAACAAUGAAACUAAUGGGUAAUGCCCUCGCUUUGAAUUAGCUUGUUUGCCUUCAGAAAUGUGGUUGUGUAGCAAAAGCUGAUUGACGAUGUGAAGGAGACCUCAUUUCUUUUUCUGUGAAGGAAAAUGAUAUUUAAAAAGUCAUUGCCUUUUCACACUUAGUCCUUUAUUUUAAAUGUUUUCAUGUUUUGGUUUAAUGGCUCAUUCCCAGGCUAAUACCUCCAAAGGAAACCAGGGAGUUAGAAGCAUCUAGUACACAGCUCAAAUACACACCUAGGCCUAGCAAUCUGUUUUCACACACAAGCCUUAAUUAAAUUCUAACAUAUAUUAGACCCAGUAAUGUCUAGCACCCACAAAUUCAUAACAAACUAUUAUUUAGUGGAUAUAAAUCACUUCACAGCACAAAACACUCAAAGCAAUCUACAGGACAAAAAGGGGAAAGUAAAUAAACACCAUAGGAGCCAACUCCUAGGGGCCAAGGGGGCUUUGGCCUCCCAGUAAAAUAUUUGAGGGUGCCACCUCCCCCAGCUGAUGGGCAUUGCCAUUCAAAUGGUGUGUGUGCACUGCUUCAUGUGAUCAGUUAUGUGGGAUGGGGCUUACCUGCCCCCCAAUGUGUUAUUCAAGUUGGCACCCCUGAAAAACACAAUACUGAACUUGCCUUGGUUGUGAUGAAACCUAAAAUUGAAUCCUUUGUCCAGGUUUGUACUUAUAGGCUGUGCUGGAUGCAUUAAUAUAUUUCUUGGAGUCAGUCCUAUGCCAUAUUAUGGACUAUAUUUGGAGAGAGAUGUCAUGGCAGCAGACUGACAUGUGAGGGCUAUGACCAAAUAAUAAUAAUAAUAAUAAUUUAUUUAUAUCCCGCUCUCCCCAGCCGAAGCUGGGCUCAGAGUGGCUAACAACAGUAAAAUAAUACAGCAUUCUAAAAUCAAUUCAUUUAUAAAAUCAGUUCAAAUCAAAUUGAUGACAACCAUUGGGCUAGAGUUCUGUGAAGAAUUACCCUACAAAGCAACACUGAUGGAAAUCUAGGCCUGGGAAGUUUAAAGUGCAUGUGUGAAUGGGAGGGGGAAGCUGCAGCUGUUGCCCCCUGCCCCACACCAGCUUUUCACUGCUUUCCCCCAGUACAGCUCUAUGAUUAAAAUAAAAACUGCUGGGAAAAAGAGACAGUUUCCCAGGGAAGGGAAGAAUACCGUUUCUCCAUCCUGCAGCCUUGCACCCUGCUGCUGUUGCCGUUAGACUGUCUUUGCACCCUCCACCCUCCGCCCAAUCUCUCUUUCUAAGCAUUCAGCAGGAUCCAGGUUGGCUUGUGCCACGUUAGGUCUAUUCGGCUGUCGAAAGUCACGGACGGAAAUAGAAAUGGGCUUUGACUGAAUCGUAGCAGACGUUUGCAAAGGAUAGAACAGACGGCGGCAUCGCCAAGCAGAAUGGGACGUACUAAAAUAACCAUGGCACCACAUGGUUACACAAAAUAGCCACAUGCACGAGCGGCAGGUUUCAAAAGGAGUGCUUUCUAUGGUAAUGAAUAAAUGAAAUUUGAUGAAUAUUUAACAAGCCACCUGCUUAGCUAUGGUAAUUAAGUAGUUUACUGUAGGCACCAUGGUGCAGAUGGAUCAUUAAGUGAUGUGAGAGGUGACCAGGUAGGGAUAUUGCAGUAAGAGUUGGGAAGAUGGCAGGCAGAGUGAGCGAACUGUGGAUUAGCCACCAAAGAACACAAGGGCUUUUUUUUCUGUCUCUUUGUUUGUGGAUAUGAGACACCUUGGGAACCUGAUUUGAAUCCUGGAAGGGUCUUGUACCCUCAGCGUGAACCCUCUUCUCAGAGGAUAGUACAAAGUCACAAUCAGGUCUUCAGAUCAGCCCGAAUGGUACAUAGGGAUGGUGUCCCCAAAAGCAACAGUCUAGCCCUUAUUGUGCAUUGUGGUGCUGCUAGGAGCUGGAGGCAACAGACAGUAGAUCUUCACUCACCCCUUCUUUCCUAGUGGGGAAGGGGGCUGCAUCUUGUGGUUCGCCCCAGGUGUUAAAAUGUAUUGAGCCGGCCCUGCCAAGGGUAAGUUAUCCAAGGUUUCUUUUCUGGAGAUGCUUAACAAUAGUACUGUGUUCUUUGAGUUAUAUUUACAAAUGUGUACAUUACAUGCAGGACUAAGACACAGCUGUGUCUUUGAAAUGCAACAUGAGAAGUGGCCCAGAGUCAUCUCCCGCUUGUGCUAAUGUGUUCUCUUUCAGUGUUAUCGUGACUUUUUUUCUGGUACAAAAUGAUCUUCCUAUUAGUGCAGGGAGUUGGCAGGUGCUAAUCUGAAGUUUUUUCGAUAGCCAACUCAUUAAGGAGAAAGCAGGUGUGAAGGGAUACAUUUGGUUUCUAAAUAAGUAAGAAAAAAAUAACAUUAUUGGCCUCUCAGUUCUAGCAGACGGAGCCCCUUUUUAUACCUUUAACUAAGGGCAGGGGAUAAGGUAGGAGACUUUUCUUCAAAAUUUAUUGUGACUACAGUGCAGGAGUGACCGCAGAUGUCAGCAUUCACUAUUCCUUUAUGUUCCCCUACCACCACAGAAAAUUCUUGCAAAUCAAAUGUUCUAUGUUAAAUGAACUCCAAAAUGCUUCAGAAUUGUGUUGAGCAAAGCAAAGUGUAUCAUCCAGCUUCAAUUUUUGCUGGUCAAAAAUAGCAUUUUCACUGUUAGGCAAUUGAGAUGUGCCAUACAAAUCAAUAUUACAAACUUUGAAGUUCCACGUACAGAAAUAUUGCGGGCUACAGAGAUUCAGAAGUGCUACUGGCAGAAAUCAAUGCUCGAGAGUUGUUUGUGAAAUAAAAUGUACUUUUCAGACAAGAGCCUGUGAGAAUUGGAAUCCUGUGGUGAGAUUUAUUGAAGAGAUUUUAUGCAGAUUUCCACCAAAGUAAGUUUGAGGUUUUCAAGGAUGUAUUUAUUGUACAUUUUCACUGUAGUUUAGGCAGGCAGAUACAUCAGGUGUAUCCCUAUCCAGAGAGGUCUGAUCUUUCCUCGGAUGUUCAUGUACCAGUGAAGCCCAGGUUAGAUGAUUGCAGUGCAUUCUGUGUAGGGCUGCCUUCAAAGUGGCUUGGAAAAUUCAGCUAGUAAAAAAAAUGUGGCCACUUGAGCCCUGGUGGGAGCCGAAAGGUUGCCCCAUAUGACAUGUAUCCUAUACCCUGCGCCAGUUGCACUGGUUGCCUGGAUGUUUAUUAGCACAAAUUAAAAGGCUUAUUUUUAACCUUAAAACCUUUAAACGGCUUGGGCCUGACUGUCAUGAAGGACCCUCACCCAUAUUAGCCUGUCUGCAUGUGGAGAUCAUCAUGUGCCUGCCUCUUAAGAGAAGUUAGGCUGGAGAUCACAAAGGAAAGGGACUGAGCCUAUACCCGACCAGCUUUCCUACUGGCUCUCCCUGGCCUUUGCUUGAGAUUGUGCUUUGCUUUGUGAGAUUGCUGCUGAAUUUUAGUCAGUGGCAUAGGAAGGGGUUUGUGGUGGUUACGGGUUGCCCCGGGUGUCACCACUGACGGGGGUGACAAAAUGGCAAAAAUUUAUGUUUUUAAAAUAAGAAAUUCCCAUCGCAGAAAAAAGGUUUUAAGUGCUUAUGCUCAUGAUGUUAAGUAAAUAAACCAGAAAAUAACACUUGCAACUGUAAGUAUCUUAUUUUUCCUUCUUUUAAUAAUUUCAAUGUGGGGGGUGACAAGAAAUUUUCUGCACCGGGUACCACUUGACCUUGCUAUGCCACUGAUUUUAGUCUGUAUUUGAAUUGCUUUGUUCUGGGCCAUCUGGAUGUUCUUUCUAGAUGUUCAGUUUAGCUUGGCAUUUAUUAAAUAUGCUUAUUGUGCUUGUUUUGUACAUUUAACGUGUGAGUUGCCUUGAUAUGGCUUUUGCCCUUAAUGGCAUCCUAGAACUAUUUCAAAUAAAAAUAGAUAGAACCCCAAGGAACAUUUCAACAUGUGGGUGCCACCAGUGAGAAAGCCCUGCUAUUAGGGUGAACAGUUUAGCUUCAGCAUAGAAGAAGGAAAGCAUUGCCAGAAAAGGGAUUCAUAUUUGCAUAUGCAUAUGUGUGUGUGUGUGUGUGUGUGUGUGUAUGUAUAUGCAAAUGUAGAACUACAUUUCAGCACAAUGGAGUAGACUGUGAACAGGUGACCUCUAUGCUUCCUCAGUCUGCUGUCCAGGUGUGAAAUGCUGGUAGGUAAUUUCAGGGCCCCUGUUCCUCUUUCUUUUGGUUCUUUAUUUUUAAAACUGGACAUAGAGAAUCCCUUCAAAUGGAGGCCUACUCACCAACAACCUUCAAAUAGAGGAAUAUCCUUUGUAAAGUAGGUGGCAAGCAGGGGUGGAGAACCUUUUUGGCUGCAUGAGUUGGAGCUUUUUCUGGUCCCACCCUUGUGGAACAACUUGGGCAGAUGAAUGGGGCAAACCACCUGUCAGUCACCUGAUGUCAUGAUCAUCCAAAUCUGUUCCCAAGUGCCCGGUAGGCAGCUGGGAACUGAUAGCUGAGUGCUUGGAAGCCGCAGUGCAAGGAGCUUUGCUGCUCCAGUAGCACCAAGCAGUUUGCAUGGGAUCCACUACUAAAAUGGAGGGAAGACUCCUUUUUAGCAGCGGCUUCAACAGAAAACCCUUGGUGCUCUUGGAGCAAGGUGUACUCCAGCUGAAGGGCAGGGGGAGUGUGCCUUGCUCCAGCAAAGGAACCACCAGGAUCUCAUUUUAAGUGUCUUCUUCCUUUGUAGUUUCACCUGGAUUCAGUUGAAAAGAACCCAGCAAAAGACUGAACUGGACUGAAGACAAGAGGAGCCAUGAUUUAAAUCACAGUAACCUUGCAUUUCUUUUUUUCUCUCCUCAGGAUCUCAUUUUAAGCUUCUUCUUCCUUUGUAGUCCCACUUGCCCACACCUGAUAGUGUAUGUGAUAAUUAGGGAAAAUGGCCUUGUGGGUCAAAAGGUGAGGCCUGGUGCUCCAAAUGUGGUCUGUGGGCUGAAGGUUCCCAACGCUGUCAUAGCAGAUCGCACAUGGGUGAAGGAGGGAAUGUGGAACAAGGCUUCUGCGGAACCAAGUGAGCUGGGGGUGAAGGUGUUCCUCACGCAGGCUAUUUAGAAAGAAGCAAUACGAAAUCUCCAAAAACUGAAACUGGAGUUGAAGGAUUGACGAUGGAAUGGCACCAUUUGCAUAGGUGCCAAGCAUUCUUCUCUGCAAAGUUUCAAAUAAGCUUCAAGAGUUCACUUAAGGAUUGUUACAGAGGGGAGCGCAAGACCCAGCAGAGAAAAUAUAGUCUACCUAUUGGGAUUUCGUGAUCUAGGGCUUGCAGAACUCUCUAGAGAAAUGAAUUCCUAAUUUGCAGUAACAAGCUAGCUAAUGUGUUCAUUUCAUCGCAUUAUGGGGAAAACACGCUUUGUACUUGGAGCCAUUAUUGCUGCUGUUGACCUGCUCUCCUCAGGGAGUGGUGGGUGAACAAAAAGAAGUUGAUCUGAGGUUCAGAAGCAGCUAGGUGACAUUAGCCGGGGGGACCCAGAAGUUGCAGAAAGGGAACUUGCCGCUGCAUCAGAGACCAGCCUGCCUAAGAAUAAUAUUGCUGUGUUUUAAAAACAGCCAUAGUUUGGUAGGAGGGUUGUGUUGGUAGUUCUGCAUCCUGCUUUGGUACCUUGAUUUCAAGCCUUUAUUUAUCCACCUAAUUGUUGCUAUGGAAAUUCAAUAUUUAAAGAGGUAAUUAUUGCUGAUCUUGUUGCAUGUGUCCAUUGCUGAUGUCCAGCUGUUAGCUCUUUAGCUCCAGUCUAGCAGAUUAAUUACUGCUAUUGAUUACUUUGAGCUUCUCUCUUCACACCUGCAGUUUGUGUAAUUAGCAAGUGGCCUCCUCCGAAAAUUAGGAGCAGUUUCAUCCUGGCACUUUGCCAUUUCCCAGCCAUGUGCUCUGCUCUGCUGAACAAAAGCAAAUCUCCUUUAAAUAGAGAUAUCUGGGCAAUGAACUCCUUUGCCCCUUUCAAAAUGUACAUGCUUACUGCAGAUUGCCCUGGCUUAGGAAAUAUUUCAUCUAAUUAGAAAAACACCCGUAAUCACCAGAUUCCUAAAUGUUGGUGGGAGUGGUGGCUGUGCAUGUGAGCAGCUUUUAAUGUAUGAUAUGGUUUCGGGAAGACCACAGCCCUAGUUGAGUGUUUGUUCUACUUGUGUGUAAACAACCCCUCCAGCACAUUGCCAUUACAGCCAUUACAGUGCCCCAUGAGUGAAGAAUUGGGGAGCCUCUCCAUGCUAUGUAGAACCCCACAGAACUCAGAGAUAGAGGAAUAUCCUUACUUCAGACCUUCACCACUCUCAAACUCAUAUCAUGGUAUUGGUAAUGCAUUGGAGGGAGUGGGACUUGGCAGCGACCCCCUCCUCCCACUUCUAUGUUAGUUUUUAUGCUGGUAGAACUAAAUUAUGAAUAAGGUUUUCAUUUCCCCUCCAUCAUCAUGGGGACUUCCAUAAAAUUAAUGCCACCAAAUUAAAAUUGGUGAAGAAACUGUUGCAGGUGUGGAUGUGGAAAUGUGUCCUUAUCAGCAACAUGCAGACAUUACUUUAAGUGUUAUUCCUGCUUGUUUUAAAGAGUGCUUGCCUGGAAUAGUCUUUAGUUCAGGGGCCACCAGUGUGAUACCCAUGGGUGCCUCUGCUCCUGCUGAAUUUAGACUUGAAAGAAUUCUGUUGUUGUCGAUAGGAAAGGUUGUGGGGUGUGCUUGGUUGUAGUGCGUGGGGUUCCCACAACAGUUUCUUCAGCUGGCAAAUAUGCCCACAGGCCCCUAAUGUUUGGACUCUCCAGUUCUAAUUCCCCCUUCAGUGUUUCCAUAGAAGCUAUUUCUUCAUAUGGGAAGAAGUUCCAAGAUGGCAAAGAAACGCAGUUGAACACUACGUCAAAACAGUUAUAAUCUGGAAGCACCCCCGAUUCUGUUGUUUCAUGCUGCCUUUCUUUGUUUGUACAUACACCAUCAUAAAUAGCAUAAUUCCACAUUUAUUUUCCUAUGGUGGCCAUGCAUGGGCAUAUGGGCACAACAGCGUGACUGAUGGUGACAUUCGUGAAGCCAUUCACCAGUCCUGAGAACAGCUUCAGAGAUGAUACUCAGAAUAGACCAAUGUGGGCUGUGUGAAUUUCCCCCAAAGCUCCAUGUGCAGCCUUAACUUCUAGGCUGAACAGAGCCUUCUUCGCCUCCUCUAAUGUUCUUUUUCAAAGCAUGACUUACAUCCAUUCAAACCACCCAGUACUAUUCCCUAGACAAUACAAAGUCGACACCCUAACAGAACUGGGAUGCUGUCGGGAUAUGGUCAAAGGUACAGGAAAGAUGGCUGAGUUUGUUCUUUCUGUUUCUGCAUUUUAUAGCAAUCCAUGCAGAACCAACUAAAUGAUCCAGGUGGCCUGCAAAUUGAGAUUCCCAUUUCUGCUAAUUCUGUGUGUGCCUUAUUAUAUCUUUCAGAUGCAUUAAUAUACUUGUGGGCAGUUCCUAUCAGAGUCAAUAGAACAGUUUUUGCUGGUUCUUGCCAAAGGAAAUUCGGGGUGAAUAUCUGUUACAAAGAUGGUUAGAAGAGAGUUGUGGGGUGGGGAAAGCAUUUAUUUUUGCUGGCUUGUCAAAAUUGCUUGCUUUGGGGAGUUCCGUCUUGGACCUCAGAAGGACCCCACUUGGAAUCUCAUCACUGUUGCUGUUUCCAGAUUAAAUUCUAAAUUGUGCUGGGUUGUUUGGAGACCUUUUGUGCCUCGUAUUAUUGCAAUCCUAAGAGCUAUUUGAACAGCAGCCCAAUGCCACUCUUGCUUCCAAGUCCCAUUUGCCAUUAUUGCCGCUCUGUGAGAAAGUGAAGGAAACCUUACAUAGCGCAGAAAGGUCCGUGUCCUCACUGCAGCUAAAGCAGCCGAAUUCUGUGAUUUUCUUCUCCCUCACCUCUAGUUCAAUUUUGACCUUUGUUAAAGAACUGGGUUGUUUCUGUCUGAAGCUAUUAUCCUGUGCUGCCCACACAAGGACAGAGUACCCAGAGACAGUGAAAUGUGUUUCAACACCAUUGGAAGUUAUGAUGAAUGUGCUAUCUGGGAGGGAUUGUUGCAUUUUUCCUAGGUACAGAAAAGUGCAGUUGGAGUACUCAGAAAGUGUAUUAACCCCACAGCAGAAGCCCAGCCCAGAGGGAUGAUGAGAGGACAUUGAGCAACGCUGGAGGGUGUGUGUGUUAGUCGGGGGUUGUCUUUAUGCAUUUUUAGACAAAUAAAUCCACUGUGAAACUGAUUCUCACUGUGGUGGUAAAUAGAACCUCCAAGUUCAGAGGCAGACUAUCAUCAAGGUAGCUGGGAAUAAACAACAGAAGUUAACUGUUGCCUUCAUGCCCUCUUUGUGAACUUUCCAGAGACAUUAUGGCUUGUGUAUUUUAACAACUGAUAAGCCGGUGGGUUGAUAUUGUGCUUUUAAUAAUUUAUAAUGCCUGUUUUGUGCUGAAUCUGAAAUCUUGUAUUGUUAGCAUUAUUCAAAUGGACUGUUUUUUUAGAUUGCUAGAUUGUUUCUUUAAAAGUAAAUUUGUUCUAAGCUGUUGGUUGUACUGAUGCUUUGAUAUGUAUUCUGGCCCUCGCAUUGCUGUCUGUGUAUCACGUGAGCCGCUUUCAGCACAUCUGUGUGGGAAAGCAUUCGCAUUAAAAUUAAAAUUAUAGAGCUAUUGUCGUGGUGGCCCUAUAUUAAGGGUGAGUCAGCUGAAUUGCAAUUCCACCACUGCAAUGAGAAAUCAGGGGAGGGAGUAGUAGGUUCUGCAACUUACACUUAGAAAAAUGGUCCAGUGGGCUAAAUUGAAACUUGGCAGGGUAGGAAAGGUAAGUUUGAGUAUGGCUCAUGCCAAACUGGGGAUAGAAAGGAUGAUAAAUGGCUUAUUUUGAAUGAGUUGAACAUCUCAGAUGAGAGAAACUGGCAUGUUCACAGGUGCUGUGUAUUUUUCUUCCAUAGAAUUUGCUUUACCCUCCAGAAAGAGUUAUCUGCAUGCCCUGGGCCUUCUGAGAAUUGUGUGUGUGACGCCGAGGAAUGACUAAUAUGUGCUUUUGUCUAAUAGUAGUGUAUGUUGUCUGUAGCUUAUUUAUUUAUUUAGAAAGCAUAUUUUUGCGGCCAAGGUUAGUCAAUGGCCUUUCAUAAGACCAUCUCCCACACAUACACAGUAUGAACCUACUGUGAGAGAAGAUGACGUGGAUUGGGAUUAGGAGGGGUGAAUGCUGCAACAAUAAGGGAAGCUCAGUCCUGAACCCACCACAAUUCUAAAGGAAUUCUAAAGCAACUUGAGAAACAGGAAGAAAAAUGGAAGCCUACUUAGCAGUGGAAGGAAUUUUUUUGAGAAAUUGAUGUGCAUGUUUUGGCAAAGCAUUAAUUGCCUAUUAUAUUUGGUUUUAUUGUAUCUUUAUUCUUCCCAUAGAUUAGAUUAGUUGGCAGGAUAUACAAACUUACAUACAUAAUAAAAAUAAAUAGCUAUUUUGGCUAUUGUCACUGAAACAAAACUUUCGCAUUCAAGGGCCAAGUGCAUUUGGCAUAUGCUUUGACUGAUCAUGCAGGAAGCACCUUACAUGUCUUUGAUGAACACUUGAGAUCUGUCAGAGUAUGACAUAAAUAAUGGCACUCUUUAAGAAGAUUAUAAAAUCCCCCCUAAUGUCUCUGAAUGGGUAAUAUGCAUGAUGCACAUACAUUGUCUAAUUGGGUGUUUAUUUUUGGUGGGUGUGGAACAAGCAGUCUUGUUUUAUUGUGUGUGUUUAUGUGUGUAACAAAGAGAUCCAGAAUCUCUGCUCUCACCUUAAUGAGUGAAGGUUACAUUACUGAAAUCUUUGGCAGAUGAACUGAUUUCAAACCCUGGCUUGAUGAUCCUACUAAGACACCCAAUUAAUUCUAUUUUGCUACAAGCUAAUUUAUGGCUUUGUGCUUAUUAAAAAAAAAUCCUGAACAUACAAACCAGUAGGAGACGAGGUAAUGAAUAAUUCUACAUUUUUUUCACGCUCUUGUCUCGCACUCCACUACAGUGAGAAUGGCAGAGGAAAUAUGAAAGGAGUGGCUUUUUGAUGUAUGAAAUGUGGGUAUUUUCUCAUAGUGAGCAGUAUCUGGCUGGUAUAAACAAACACAUAAUCAGUCCCUCUAGGAAAUGCUUAAUUAGUGCAGUAAACAUACGUUUAUUAAUUGCUGUUACUUUUUCCUCCCUUUGUUUUCCAGGGUUGUGUUUUUUUUGUUUCCGCAUAAAAACUGACUUGACACUGAAUGUAUGCAGAAUUAGUUUCUCUUUGCAGUUACUAGGGGGGGGCGAGAAGCCUGAUAAAAUCAAGAUGUUUCUUUCAGUAGAAGCCUGUGUGAUCAAUAUUCCAGUAACUGGGUUUGUGCUAAACAUGUUUUUUCUUCUGUAUGAAAGGGAAAGAGGAAAGGAAGAAUGGCUUGUUCAAUAGCAAUUUAUUGCUUCUUUCUGCUUACUGUUCUUAAAAACAACAACCCCAAACCCCAAAAACACAAAUCUUUCAAAUUGGUAUAAAGCUUUCCCCUUUGAAGUUACAGAAUAAGUUGUCAGGAUAUACUAGGGAAUAAGCCAUUCAAAAGCAAAGACCCAGGUAAUAGUUAUUAUGGCUACUGUAUAAUUUUCACACUGCUUUUUGGUGUAGUGAUAGAAAGCAGAGUUGAGAGGAAGCUGUAAGUUAACAAUUUCCCCUUCCUACUUUCCUGUUUUCUUAGUUGGAAUCAAUAAACCCCAUGUGCUAUUUCUACAUUUGAAGUAUAAUGCAAUUAUCUGAAAGCCUGCCAGCAUAAGAUCAGAGCUAAGGCUAUCAUCACAUGCUGACUUAGACUCCACAAUGCUGGGAAACUGGAAGCUAAGGCUGAUGCCUUCACAGAUGUGUGCCAACAGGGAUGUGCAAUCUCACAAAUUGUGCUUGCCUACUUUACGUGUGCACUUUGCACCCACUCAGAAGGCGGCAGUUCUAUGGGGUGAGUUUCAUCACAGGGCAGUGUGUGUGUGUGUGUGUGUGUGUGUGUGUGUGUGUGUGUUUCAGUAUCUGUGUAUAUGUGUUUCUGAGGGGAUUUGGUGUGAGCAAGGUAUGCAUGGUGUUUCUCUGUGUGUGCACUCCAUAAUUUUGCAUGUGACUCUAUCGGGUCAAGGUUCUAUCUAUCGAGGUGAAGGUGGGUGGAGCAAUGGAUGCAAAGUUUACCUUUGUACAGUAGGCUAGUUUCCACACACACACACACACACACACACACACACACACACACGCACACACACCCUCUACCAUCCAGGCAUACUAGAGGCAUUAUCUGAGUUCAAGGACGUAUUUCAGCCAGAAAAACACACAAGGAGGUUGCAAAAGCAUGACAGCAAGGGGUGAUGUGUGUCUGGAGAGGGCUUGUGUCCUGAGAAGAGUCCCACUGGCCAAACAGAGAGGCCUAACAGACUGUUUUUCACCCCCAGGCCUCAUUUUCUGUCCCCCGCCCUAAGGUAGAUCUAUCAAGUCUAAAGUCUGUCCCCACCACUGGCGGAGGAAGAGGGGGUGGGGAGAGCACACUGCCCCCCCCACCACGAUCCCGGUGGGGUGCCAUCGUGGCUGCCCCCCUGCGCUGGGUGCCACGCCCCCCGCAGGCGGUGCGCCACUCUCCCAGAUCGCAUGCCACUCCCCUUUGGGUGGCAUGUCAUGCCCCCGGGACACACACUAUGCCCCUGCGGUUGGCAUGCCAUGCCCCCAGGACAUGUGCCAUGCCCCCCCGGGACGUGCACCAGCCACGCCCCUGCCUGCUCUCUGCCCCUGGUCCACCCCUGGUCCCUACCCCUGAUGUCUUGUAUUGGGCACAUAAACAAGCAUUCCAUGGCAGCUGAGUUACACCAUUGCUCCACCCUUACUCCAAGAGGACUUCUGUUAUUACAAUCUCCCUUGAAGAGAAAUUCAUGGCUUCUGCUCACAGAAUUGAAGCUGAGUCUGGUCGAGUCUGAGGUAAUGAUGGUUGACAGGACUUGUGACCUGAGGGAACCAGGAUACCAACCGCUAAGGGUUCAGACAGGCCCCAUGCCUGCCCCAAGGGGGAAACCACACACGGGUGUAAGAUUGGUAUUGUAAGUCAUAUGCAACACUCUUGCCAUAUGAAUGCUUUCCAGUUUUCAUGGCUCAUUGCUGACAUUUCUCACCUUUGCUCUCUGCCAAUAUAUUUCUUGUCACAGAGGUCCCUCGUUCUGCCUUGCAAUGUGCUUGGAGACUUCACAGUGAAUCUUAGAAUGGCAGGUUAUUUCAUUCCAGGAGAGCACAGGCAAUGUAAGCAAACAAUGGAGAGCAAAUAAAAAGGGUAUGGCAAGUGUGUGGGAGAAUAUUGUCAUCUUUCUAAGGACGUGUGCAAUGUUGGAUGUGGUUUGCUGAUGUAGGAAGCCUGUUGGGUCAUGUUGUUCCUGCAAGGGAUUCUACAAUGCAUGUAGCCAGUAUGUAUGCAUUUAUACUACUGUCAGAAGGGUAAAUAGCAAGAGAAUCUAUUUUCUCCUCUUUCUGAUUUAUCUUCCUUUUAAAUCAGGGCAGGGCAGCCACUUCUACACAGUCUCCCCCCAACCUUGUGCUGCUUUGGAUUACAACUCCCAUCCCUGACGACUGGCCAUACUAGUUGGGGAUGAUAGGAGUUACAGUCCAAAACAAUAUGGCAGGCACUGGGUGAGGGAUCCAAAACAUCUGGAAGACCCCAGGUUGAAGAAAGCUGCUUUACAGCAUAGCACAGUUGUGAUUUAUUGUAUGCUGGAAUUGUUGAUACGGGAGUAAGAGCCAGUCCUCAACUGCGCUGAAAUGCACCAAACUGCAAGUCUUUGUUGCUACUAAGAACCACAGUGGAUGCAAUGGUAGAGAUGCAGGAAAAGGAUUUCCUGCAGGCUUUUCAAAAAGAAAGAAAGAAAGCAGCUCUGUGUUUGUGAUUUGGAUCAGAACUAUGUAUUCUGUCCAGCUGAAAAUGCCAUGAAACCCUUUGGGGAAAUGCGAGUUUAUGUUGGGGAUGAGAAAUCUGUAGCCCUCCCCGUUCAGAUGUUGCUGGACUCCAACUCCCAUCAGCCCCAGUCAGCAUGGUUGAUGAUCAGGGAUGAUGGGAUUUGUAGUUCAAUAGCAUAUGGCGGGCCAGAGGUACCCUAUCCCUGUUUCACUCUCUGCUCCAUUAGGCAAAUUAGGAGCUGUCAGAGGCUUAUUUAAUUCAGGACGUGUUGACACCCACCUCAUGGUUCUCAUCUCAGUCUCCCCCACUGCUUGCUUUUACAUUAAGGAAACCACAGGAAGCCGUGCUCACAGGUUUCCCAAAUCAUAUCUCGGCUUGGCACUAAAAGUGACAAGGUGGAUGAAACAUAAUCAUCUUGGAAUGACAGCUGUGUCAUCAUGUUUGAAUUACAAUUGCCACCUUUGUAUCCCUGGCAAGUUAUGGACAGUUGACCUACCCAGAGCAUCAGUGGGAACUAAAGGAGAAGGACGUCAAGAGGCUCAUUGCAUCCGUGGUAUAAUCAGGAGCAUUUGGUUGCAUAAUUUAACUUAUUUUUUUAUAGCUGAAUGCAAAAUUGUCCUGUCUUACCUUUUUUUUUUUUUGACUGGUUGGUAACAAUACUAUGCAUUCCUGUUUCUACAUUAUUUAACAAUGCUUGGUUGUUGCUCUCUGUGACACCAGAAGCCUUUUUACAAAAUAAAAUAAAAUACAUAUUUUUGAAACUGGAGGAAAGGUUAAUUGAAGUUUGAGAUGCACAAUUCUACCUUUAUGCCUAUCCUAAUUGUAUUUAUUUGCCAAAAAAAAAUCUAUACCACUGAUAUUAAGGAGAGAAAAAUCAUGGUGAUGAACAGCAUAAAAUCAACAAUAAAGGUACAUUAAUAAAAUCAAUGAAAACACAUACC